CCUUACGUCUGUCGUGCGUCAUCAGUCUGCGCAAGGGGACGUUUGGCGCGCUUCGCUCAAAGCAGUGGUUGCUGUACUGUCGCAAUGAGCUGCGCCGGGGCGGUGGCGACUUGCUCCGUGUGGUGGCUGCGUACGGGCGCCCCACGGCCCCUCUCAGCUUAUGGAAGAAGGAUCCUUGUCAGGUUUUGCAGUUCAGGAAUGCUCGCAGACAAUAUCAAUCGGGCAACUGUGCACCGAAUCCUCCGGGUGGAUCAUGCAGGGGAAUACGGAGCGAACCGCAUCUACGCGGGGCAGAUGGCCGUCCUGGGUCGGUCGAGUGUGGGGCCCGUCAUUCAGAAAAUGUGGGAUCAAGAAAAGGACCACUUGAAAAAGUUCAAUGAAUUGAUGGUUACAUUCAGGGUCCGGCCGACGAUUCUGAUGCCGUUUUGGAACGUGGUGGGGUUUGCAUUGGGUGCGGGAACCGCCCUGCUUGGGAAGGAGGGAGCGAUGGCGUGUACCGUGGCCGUGGAGGAGUCUAUUGCACGUCACUACAACAACCAGAUCAGGACACUGAUGGAGGAGGACCCAGAAAAGUAUGAGGAGCUGCUUCAGGUGAUCAAGAAAUUUCGGGAUGAAGAGCUGGAGCACCAUGACACAGGCCUAGAACACGACGCAGAACUGGCGCCAGCGUAUGCCGUUUUGAAGAGGGUUAUCCAGGCCGGAUGCAGCACCGCGAUAUAUUUAUCAGAAAGAUUUUAAGGGGAAAUGUGAUUUUAAAAUUGGACGCCACCCAAAGAUGAUGCCAGAACGACAGAGGAUGUUAUUCUUGCAAGCAGUACAGCUCCGAAGAUGUGAUCCGAGCUGUUGUUCUUUGCAUGUGUUUGAUUCCCUCUCUACUCCGUGUGAUGCAACAGCAGUGUUCUCACCUGGGAGCGUGUUGGAAAUACAGAACUUUGGGCUCCUCUCCCAGACCUGCUAAUUCACAUUAUGCAUUUUAACAAGAUGUGGUUUUACAGUAUGGCCCCCAAUUCCUUGGUACUGCCUGUUCAGUGGAACCUAAUCCUCCUGGCCGAGUGUGGGCUAUACUUAGUGACAUGUUUCUAACAAACAAUAUAGUGGAAGUGAUGGAAUCUGACUGCCAGGGCUUCUCGGUCAUAAAAGACAUUGCAGCUUCCAUGUUUCCAGGAUCAUUUUCUUGGCGGGGAGAGGGGGCAGCCAGCUGCCAUGUGGUGAGGACACUCAGCAGUUACUCUGUGGAGAGGGUCACGUGGCCAAGAACUAAGGCCCCCGGCCAACAGCCAUGUUUGUGCGACGUCUUAGAAGUGACUCCAUCAGCCCCAGUCAAGCCUUCGGAUGGAUGACUGCAGCCUCAUGAGAGACCCAGAGCCAGAAUCACCUAGCUAAGUCACUCCUGGAUUCCUGACUCCCAGCCACCACGUUAGAUAAUAAAUGUUUGUGGUUUUCAGCUGCAGAGUUUGGGGCUGAUUUGUUCGACAGCCAUAGGUGACACUCACGCAACAGUUGCAGGCGAUUUGGAAGCGCAGUCAAGUUGGAGAAGCCCUGAACUAGACCAUGAAUUCCUGGAAGGCAGAGACCACCUUAGUCAUUUCUGUAUCUUCAGAGCUUAGCACAAUGCCUGAAACUCAGUAAAGUUUUUUUAGACCAAAUGCAAAGUUAAGUUGCCCUGUUUUUAAAAAAUUACAACUCUUUUUUGUAAUAAAUAAUACAUGUAUGCACGUGGUGAAAUAGUCCAACAGUGCUGAAGCUUUUUCACAAAUCCAAGUAAAUUUCCCUGCAGGCCACUUGCUGAUUACCAGAAAACUGACCACUUGCCUUACUUCGUGAUUAUUAGCAAUCCGUCACAUAAGACGGUACAUUUUUUUUCUUUUUCUUUUUUCUAUUACUUCCAGAAGUAAUGCUUGCCUCAACAUCAACAUAAACUGCAUAUAGGAAAGAAAAAAAAGAAAGCGCCCCUAGGCUACCGAGCCUCUUCUUGUUUCCUCAUUUCCCCUAGGAGUGGAUAUUUGGGUUAUUAAUAACAGAGUUUGGGGACCUCUAAUGACUCAAGGGGACCACCUUUGAACGUGUAGUUUCCAUAGAAUUUCAGGAGGCGUGAUCCCUUGGGGGUCUUAGCCCUUUGGAGAUGCCACACCCCCUUGAAAAUAUGUCAAAAACUCUGGACCCUCAGCUAGGGCCUCCUUAAGACCUCGUGAUCCAGUGGUUUGAGAAGAAAAUCCGACCUUUCCCGAGGGAGAGGAACAAAAGAAACCUUUCCUCCAAGCCGCCCUUUUCUGGCUCUGCCUGAGCACAAAGCACUUUCUGUUGAAUACGUUCUCAAAGGUUUAAAAGGCUCCCCUUGCCGUAAGGGACGUGUUUCUUCCCACUCUUGCCUCCCGAGAUGGCAGCCCUGCGGGCUGUGCCUGAGCAGGACCGGUCCUUUGAUGACGGAAGGUGUAGGAAGAAGGUGUGCCCCUGGGCGCCUCAAGGGCAGGGAAGGUCUCCAACUUCCCGGCGCCCGCCUCUGGCCACCAGAGGGCACCCUCGCCUCGGAGUCCCAAGUCCCGCCGGCCGCACCAACCCUGCUAGUCUUUUCCAGAAUGACACAGGGACAGUGCCCGGUGACCAGGGCCAGGCGAUUGCUACGUGCUGUGAAAAUCUGGCCUUGUCAUCCCCCCUCCUGCUCCCCGCCGGUGGACGGCAGUGGAAUGGCGCGUUUGCCCACCGCACGGUGCGGAGGGCUCAGCCGGCUGCCCCGCGCUGCGCUGGGCCACUGACGUGCGCGUCCUCAUCAAGGCGGAGGCAUUUUCUUUUUCAGAAAAGAGAGAACACGGGGGAGGCCGACGAGCCUCUGUGCACAGUACCACGUGGAGAAACGAGCUUCGGGCACCCGGCGCUUCUCCGGAGUGGGCGCCGCUGCCCGGACCCCCCUGACUCGGCCACGUCUUCCUGCCGUCCACAUGCUCUGCCCUUCAAUGACGAAGGCUCUUCACCCUUUCAGAGACCCCCGGUCUCUUAGGUGGUCAUCCCACCCCCCUCCUGUCCCAACAUGCCCCAGCGUCCUGCCUGGGGGUUGCAUUCUGUCACUGCGUGGUGGUUCCCUGCUUUCCGACUCUCUCCAACCUGCCAGCGAACUUCUCAAGUUGGUGAAGGGCUGUCCCAGCCCCUGGAGCUUAGCAGGCCCUCAGCCAGCAUUUGAUAAACGAACCUAAGCCGGGGGGAAAAAGUCAUGUGGGCUCAUAAAAAGGAAAGGGAUGACUUGAAACAAGUAAUUACAGGUACUGACAGAUGAUCUGAUCUCAGUAUGAACACACCUAGAAACUUCUGGGUGCAAGUAGGAAGUGGGGACGGAGGGUCAGCCUGGGAGUGUCCUUCAGUCCUCUUGUCCAUCUGCACCCUGAACCCUGCCCGAGCCUGGCAAACAUGUCCCCUGAAACGGUGUCUCAGCUCUUCUCCCUCACAAUGCUUUUGAUUUAUUUGUGGAGAAUUUCUCAUCGCGGUACUUCGUUCUUGUUUAAAAUCUCACAGUUACAUUUCCAGUUAUACGGAAUGUCCUGAUGCGUAAUCCUGAAAUUCUUAACUAGGCGUGCGCGUCAGAAUAAACUCUUGAGAUUAAGAACACAUUACAGAUGUUCUCUCCCCGCCCCCGCCGGUCCUGCCGAAGCAGAUGCUGUGGGGUUGGAUCUAGGGGAUGGACAUAGUUUAAAAACUCACACAGGGGCUCGAGGGGCAGCCCUGGUUAAGAGUCACCGGGUGAAUUCCACAAGCACUUGAUUGUAAAUCUGCCCCAGAUGGACGCUCCUCCCUGCUUUCCAGCCCACUGUCUACGUUGAGUCAGGGUUUCCAAGAUGUGACUUCUUGUUCCGAUUUUCUCCAGCCCAUUCGGUGCCGUUACAGCUGGUAACAUGUUCCAGACCAAGUUGUCUUCAUCAGGUGGAAACAGUGGUGACAGCAGUGCUCCCCGUUAUGCUGGAGGGAGCAGCUUCUGUGUGGUAUUUUCCAGGCCUAACUUCCAAGUGGCUGUAUGGAAACAAUAAAAAAAAUUGCAUGGAGAUGCCUCCUGUUGCAC